AUGGAGAUGUAUGAUGAUGAACGUUGGGCUGGUGAGCAGCGCAAGCGGUUUAAGAAAGAUGGUCAGGGUAAUCAGUUUAAUAGAGAACAGAGUCAUCAGGGUUCUUAUCAGGGUAAUAAGCAGGGUUCUCAGUCUACAGUUGGCAAUAGGGCACAUCAAUCUGGAGUUGGUCAGGGACGUGAGCAGAGGACUCAUGCAGGGAAUGCUCGGUAUAGUCAGAUUAGCAUUGGGCCUAUUUCCACUCCUUGUCAGCAUUGUGGUAAGCUAAAUAAGGGCACUUGUCAUUGGGUCACUGGAGCAUGCUUUGGUUGUAGACAGAUGGGACACCGUAGACAGGACUGUCCUACUAGUGGGACAACUCAGGGUGCUGGUCAGGCAGCAUAUUCUACUCCCUCUCAAGUUCAGCCAGUUUCACAGUAUAGUGGUAGAAGUCAUGGUUCUGGUGGUCAUGGUCAGGGUGGUAGAGGUUCUGGUGGUAGAGGAUCUGCUCAAACUCAAAGACAGACAUCUGGUGGUAGAGGUCAAGCUAGAGUUUUUGCUUUGACUGGGCAGGAUGCUUAG